GCUUGGAAAAGUGGUUCCUUUGUGACCGCUCUAGCCAGAUUGGGGGGCUGCUCAUUUGCAUCUCAUUAGCCAUGCAGGAGGCCGGCGAGAUAUAAGGCAGGCAGGCGCCCGACCGCAGGCAGAUCCAUAGCGCUACAGAGCGAGCGAGCGAGCAAAAAGGAAAAAAGGGGGGGAAAUAAAGGAAAGGGGAAAAAAAAAAAAAGACCCAACAGCCACCCAGAUCCAACGCGAAAGGAAAGAUCACCUAUACAUAGAAAGGCAGAGCCGGGAAAACAUACACAUACACACGCACGCGCGCCAUCCUUCGCUAACUCUUGAGGCGUUUAAAACACACACCCGAAACCAACCCCCGCGUUUCGUCUUCCUUUUCUGGGCUUGGAUUUCUUCAAGAAAAGCACACCGAUCGGGGCUCCUUGCAAGAAAGUGGCGACCAGCAACCCAGGAGGAUCGGAAGAAGGCUGCGUGACAACCACCCGCUCCAGCUGCAUAGCUAACCACCCGCACGCCAAAACCCCUCUCGCUCUCUUCGCCUGAAGCCACCGGGAAUUAUCUCCUCUUCGUCCCCUGAGGGAUUUCCAGAUCGUUGAUUAUUUUAAUCUGCUUUGGGGGAAACCUUUUCUCCACCUCUGGGAAUUAAGUGGCUUUUCUCUCCGGUUGGAGAAGCAGAGCGAAGCGCAAGGAAGCCGCAAAGAACUGUCGUUCGGACGAGAAAGCGAAGAGGAGGAGGCGGCGGCGGCGGCGGCGGAGGAGGAGGAGGAGGGGGAAAGUUGUUCUUUGAGUCUCCUCACCUUGAAAACAAUCGCCUCCCAAAGAGCUGCCGGGCAUCCAAAGGGCGUAUCUAAAACCGCAUCGGCAGAGAGGGAGUGCGAGGAGAGCCAGAGACUUGAAACUAAGGCAUCCGCCUUCCCAUUCCCCACCAGCCAGACCGGGCGAAGAGAUUUCCCCUGCCCCGUCUUCUUGACAGACACUCCGUUUGUUUUUUGUUGCCUCUUCCUGAGGGAAGAGAAAGGAGAAGAUCUUCACGACAUCCCCUCAGAAUGGGUGGCCAGUCUACACUGACUCUGGUGGUCUUUUGCGUGCUUCUGCUUCUCUGCAAGGUCCGGAGCUCCGGGGUCUUUGAGCUGAAGCUGCAGGAGUUUGUCAACAAGAAGGGGCUGCUGGGCAACCGCAACUGCUGCCGCGGAGGCCUCGGCGCUGCCCUGCCCAGUAGCGGCUCGGCGGCCGGGCUGCAGCAGUGUGACUGCAAGACCUUCUUCCGCGUGUGCCUCAAGCACUACCAAGCCAGCGUGUCCCCGGAGCCGCCUUGCACCUACGGCAGCGCCAUCACUCCGGUGCUUGGCGCCAACUCCUUCAGCGUGCCUGACAACGCCGCCAGCAGCGAUCCCUCCUUCAGCAACCCCAUCCGCUUCCCCUUCGGCUUCACCUGGCCGGGUACUUUCUCUCUCAUCAUUGAAGCACUGCACACUGACUCCCCUGACGACCUCAACACAGAGAAUCCAGAGCGCCUGAUUAGCCGCCUGGCUACCCAGAGACAUUUGACUGUUGGGGAAGAAUGGUCCCAGGACCUGCACAGCAGUGGCCGCACUGACCUCAAAUAUUCCUACCGUUUUGUGUGUGAUGAGCACUACUAUGGAGAAGGUUGCUCGGUCUUUUGUCGCCCCAGGGAUGAUGCCUUUGGCCACUUCACUUGUGGAGAGCGUGGGGAGAAGGUCUGCAAUCCAGGCUGGAAAGGACAGUACUGCACUGAGCCAAUCUGCUUGCCUGGAUGUGAUGAGCAGCAUGGAUAUUGUGACAAGCCUGGAGAAUGCAAGUGCAGAGUUGGUUGGCAAGGGCGUUAUUGUGAUGAAUGCAUCCGAUACCCAGGUUGCCUUCAUGGAACCUGUCAACAGCCUUGGCAAUGCAACUGUCAGGAAGGCUGGGGCGGUCUUUUCUGCAACCAGGAUCUCAAUUAUUGUACUCACCAUAAGCCCUGCAAGAAUGGCGCCACUUGCACCAACACUGGCCAAGGAAGCUACACUUGUUCUUGCCGCCCUGGUUACACUGGUUCCAACUGUGAGAUUGAAAUCAACGAAUGUGACGCCAAUCCCUGCAAGAACGGAGGAAGCUGUACUGAUCUUGAAAACAGCUAUUCCUGUACUUGUCCACCGGGCUUCUAUGGUAAAAACUGUGAACUGGGUGCAAUGACUUGUGCUGAUGGUCCAUGCUUCAAUGGAGGGAGAUGUACCGACAACCCUGAAGGUGGAUACAGCUGCCAUUGCCCAGUGGGUUAUUCUGGAUUUAACUGUGAAAAGAAGAUUGACUACUGCAGCUCCAGUCCCUGUGCUAAUGGAGCCCAGUGUGUUGAUCUCGGAAAUUCCUACAUAUGCCAAUGUCAAGCUGGCUUCACUGGAAGACACUGUGAUGACAAUGUGGAUGACUGUGCUUCCUUUCCUUGUUUAAAUGGUGGGACUUGCCAAGAUGGAAUUAAUGACUAUUCUUGCACCUGUCCUCCGGGAUACAGCGGAAAGAACUGUAGCACUCCUGUCAGCAAAUGUGAACACAGCCCUUGUCACAACGGGGCUACCUGCCAUGAGAGAAACAACCGCUAUGUGUGUGAAUGUGCCCGAGGAUAUGGGGGCCUCAACUGCCAGUUUUUGCUCCCUGAGCCACCUCAGGGGGCGGUCAUUGUUGACAUCUCAGAGAAGUAUACUGAAGGUCAGACUUCCCAGUUUCCUUGGAUUGCAGUGUGUGCCGGAAUUAUUCUGGUCCUGAUGCUUUUGCUGGGGUGCGCUGCCAUGGUGGUCUGCUUCCGACUCAAAAUGCAGAAGAGGCAACACCAGCCAGAUGCAUGCAGAAGUGAAACGGAGACCAUGAACAACUUGGCCAGCUGCCAGCGGGAGAAAGACAUUUCCAUAAGUGUCAUUGGUGCCACCCAGAUUAAGAACACUAAUAAGAAAGUAGACUUCCACAGUGACAACGCUGACAAAAAUGGCUACAAAGCCAGAUACCCAUCAGUGGAUUACAAUUUGGUGCAUGAACUUAAGAAUGAGGACUCUGUUAAAGAAGAGCACAGCAAAUGUGAAGCUAAGUGUGAAACGUUUGAUUCCGAGGCAGAGGAGAAAAGCUCAGUACAGCUAAAGAGUGAUACAUCUGAAAGGAAACGGCCAGAAUCAGUAUAUUCCACUUCAAAAGAUACAAAGUACCAGUCGGUGUAUGUCAUAUCAGAAGAGAAAGAUGAAUGCAUCAUAGCAACGGAGGUGUAAAGGGAACGUGAUAUGGCAAAAUUGUUGUUUUGAAACAAUUUUCAAAGGUGAUAUGCCCCAAUGAAUGCUGCUGAACAAGGAAAGGGAGAAAGAUUCCUUCACUGACUGCUGCUGAGAAACUAAAUUCAGGCUGAGCUGGUUCUCUACUGAAGUUAGCAAAAGUGACUGCAAAUAAACCACGGUGGACACUAGGCCAGGGUCUGUGUUCAAGGAUACCUGUUGCACUGCCUUUUAUGAAUAUUUAUCAUUGCACUAUGGUCAGUUGCUUUUUUCUAUAUAUAUUUAAAUGAAUGGAUUUAAUUCCGACAUAAGAAGCAUGCACUGCCUGAAGUGUAUAUUUUGGAUUCUUAUGAGCCAGUCGUUUCUUGAAUUAGAGAUACAAACACUGCCUUUAUUGUCCUUUUUUAAUACUAAAAAUGUGUUUUUACUAGGUGAACAAAAAGUGUGUUAUUUUUUUUAAUCUGUAAAAAAUUAUUUUCAGGAUAUUUGUAAAGCUUGAGUAUUUUGUGACGUUUCCUUUUAUAAUUUAAAACUUUGGUAAAUAUGUACAAAGGCACUUCGGGUCUAUGUGACUAUAUUUUUUUUGUAUAUAAUGUAUUUAUGGAAUAUUGUGCAAAAUGUUAUUUGAGGGUUUUUUUUUUACUGUUUUUGUUAAUGAAGAAAUUCAUUUUUAAACUAUUUUUCCAAAAUAAAUAUUAUUAAUGAUA